AUGGAUAGUACAAAUGUUAGAAUGCCUUUCUUAGAUCCUUCACAAGAUCAUAUAUCUCCUUUCUAUUUGCAUCCUUUGGAUAACCCUGGUAUGAAACUUGUUUCUGAAAAGUUUAAUGGCACUGGUUAUGGUGAUUGGAAAAGAUCUAUGUUGAUUAGUUUGUCAGCUAAGAACAAACUAGGUUUUGUUGAUGGUUCAAUUGAGAAACCUACUGAUUCUAACUUCUUGAGAGCUGGGGAACGAUGUAAUAGCAUGAUCAUAUCCUGGAUAUUAGGAGUAUUGGAUCACAAUUUGGCUAGAAGUGUUCUGUAUUUUGGUACAGCAAGAGAAAUUUGGGUAAACCUUGAGGAGAGAUAUGGUGCUUCUUCUGGCACUGUACUCUAUGCUCUUGAACAAGCAAUUAAUGAACUAGAACAAGGUGUUGAUGAUAUUUCUACUUUUUACACCAAAAUCAAGAGAUAG